CUCCUCAGUCAGGCUGCAGGACCUCGUGGCCAGUGUAAUGUAGUGUGCCAAGUUCUGGCUAAGGCUGUGCUUUAUUCUGCUGCACAUAGAUUUCCAAAUCUGAAGUCUGUCCGGGAACUGAUCUUGAAACGUGGACAAGCCAAGGUCAAGAAUAAGACCAUCCCUCUAACGGACAACACAGUGAUUGAGGAUCACCUGGGGCGGUUUGGUGUCAUUUGCUUGGAAGACCUCAUUCAUGAAAUUGCCUUCCCGGGGAAGUAUUUCCAGGAGAUCUCAUGUUUCUUGCACCCAUUCCAACUCUCAGGGGACCGUCACGCUACCAAGAAUAAAGUGGGCUUUCUCAAGGAGGUGGGCACACCUGGUUAUCGGGGUGAACGCAUCAAUCAACUCAUCCGCCAGCUGAACUAGACCCAGGUGAGGCAGGGCUGAAAACUGCCCUGGAGCUGACUGUUGAUGGGCCAUGCCUUGCCACUUAAAAGCUCUUUUUGGAUUUACCACUGUUUUUGAGAGUAACCUUGAGACUGGGAGGAAAGAGGAGGCUGGUAUUUACAAGGCUAAUGGAUGGAGACCUGCUUGGAACAGUGAAUGCCUGAUGAGGACAUGGGACUAUGUAUUCCUAAGAGUUACAGGUUAGAAAAUGUUGAGUGACAAAAAAAAUAUUGGUAUUCUGUGGUUAUUUAGCUGGAAAUAGGGGAGGAUAUUAAAGACUAAUUUCAAAAAGGAAAAAA